AUGGAGCCUCUUAUCGAUGUUCAAGUCAAGCACUGGAUGAACAAGAUAGGCAGCACAGUUUCCGAGAAGAAUACGAUACUUGAUCUUGACGCUUGGCCGAGAUACCUAACAUUUGAUGUGAUAACCGAUGUGGCUUUCGGCGCGCCUCUUGGCUGCAUUGAAACAGCAGGCGAUGUAGGCGGCAUCGUUGAAAAUUUCCGAGUCGGCCUUACCCUAGCUGGCCUUUUCAUGCGCUUGUAUCCAUUCACAGAGUGGAUAAAUACUACCUGGAUGGGCAAGUACCUUCAAGUGAGGCCUACAGACAAGACGGGCUGGGGACUCGCCAUGCGGCUUCGUGACCAGCUGCUAGAGCAACGACUCAAAGAGCUCGAAGACGGUACUUUUCGCGAUCAUACUGACUUACUGCAAGCGAUUCUGGACGCACGGAAUGACGACGGCACCCCCAUCGAGCUCGAACGCAUCAAAGCGGACCUUUUCCUCAUACUAAUGGCAGGAGCUGACACCGCAGGGACGGCUAUCCAAAGCAUAGUACGCCUGACCGUGACCAAUCAGCCUGUUUAUCUCAAAAUGAUAGCCGAGAUAGACAAAGCAACCGAAGCGGGCGACUUAUCAGCUAUGCCUCAGUAUGAUGAGAUUGUUCGACAUUGCCCAUACUAUAUCGCUUGCGUCAAAGAAGCUCUGCGCCUUUACCCCUCUGCGCCGAACUUGUUCGCCCGCGUGGCACCGCCUGAGGGUUUAGUCAUCGAAGGCAUGAAUAUCCCCGGUGGUACGCAAGUGACCUGCUGUGCAUGGAUCACAGGCCGAGACGAGGCACUUUUUGGGCCCGAUGCUCACGUUUUUCGACCAGAACGCUGGCUUGAAAGCGCGGAGAAAGUGGCAUUGUAUGAGAAAUACAGUUUUGUGUGGGGCUAUGGAACGCGGGUUUGCUUGGGUAAGGAGAUUGCCCUUAUGGAGCUCUAUAAGGCACCAUUCCAGGUAAGUGCUCUCAGCAUCAAAGUCAGAAUGUCCAUGUCGAUGAACGCUGAUUAUAUCGAUGUUUCCCAGUUCAUCCGAGCAUAUGAUGUGGAGUUUGUGACCGAAGGCUUUUUCGCUUCUAGGGCAGGCGUUGGAGCUUGGGAAGACUUCAAGAUACGAGUUCGACCACGUACACCUGGCCAGGCUGUCAUUGAGACUCAGUGA